UGCUAUAAAUACGUACCAUGGACGUUCCUCCAUUUGCUCGUCAAGCCAUCUCAACAUUUCUUCUCCUACAACUAUAGAGAGAAACUCUGCUGUACCAACAUUGAAGCUGACAGCAUAAUGGAUCCUUCAGAGACUCUAAGGAACAAGUGUGCAGCCUGCUAUAGGCAGUUCAACAGAAUGGAGCACCUAGUGGAACACAUGAAGACCUCAUAUCACUCUGUGCAUGAGCCCCUGUGCGGAAUCUGUGGAAAACGCUGCCGAUCAUUUGAAUCUCUUCGCGAGCAUCUUAUAGGGCCACUGCCGAAGGCAGAAUGUGAAAGGGUGUUCCGGGACCGUGGUUGUAGCAUUUGCCUAAACAUCUUUAGCAGUCGCAAUGCUCUCAGGGCUCACCGAGAUACAUGCCAACUAUCAUGCGGAAAUAAUGGCCUAUUACACCGAUUCGCUAACUUAGGCAUCCAAGAUGACCUGAGAAUUGACAACGGGAAAACAAGAGCAGUUGCACUUGCCUGCAAAAUGGUUGGUGGCGGUAGUGAUGGUUCCUUGGAUCUCUGUGCAAAAGUCUGCAUCAUUGACGAAUAUGAGAACAUACUAUUCCGAUCCUAUGUCAAACCGUACCUUCCUGUUACUAACUACAGGUAUGAGACAACAGGCAUUCGUCCAGAAUACCUCAGGGAUGCACUGCCACUUAGGCAAGUCCAAAGGAAGAUUCAAGAUUUCCUAUGCAAUGGAGAACCCAUAUGGAAGAUCCGGCCAAGAGGUGGAAAAGCAAGGAUUCUUGUAGGGCAUGGUUUGGACCAUGAUCUGAAAUGCUUGGAAUUGGAGUACCCGGUGGUUAAAAUAAGGGAUACAGCAAACUAUCCACCCUUGAUGAAGACUAGCAAGCUCAGCAACUCACUUAAGUAUCUCACAAGAGCAUACCUUGGCUAUGAUAUUCAAAUUGGCAUACAAGACCCUUAUGAUGACUGUGUUGCAACGAUGAGGCUUUACAGGAGGAUGAGAUUCCAGGCUCAUAGAAACGAGAACUAUCCUCUUGCUACAGACCCACAAAAUAAGAAUAACUUUGCUUCAUGGAGACAAAGUGAGCUUGAGAGGAUGAGUCCUGAUGAACUAUUGGCAAUAUCAAGGUCUGAUUACUACUGUUGGUGCUUAGAUAACAAAGACUAAGUUUAAACAGAUUGCAAGGAUUGGGAAUCCAGAGUGUAGCAGGUGGAGUCAAUGGCUACAUUAAGCUAAUAAAUCCAUGAAAUAAUUGGAUAUGAAUAGAAAUAAGACAUGGAAAUUUAUCCAUGUUUCAAGUGGGUGAUAGUAGAGAGAUUAUGCAUAAUAUGAGGCAUAAGGCUAUAUGAAUUAAGCCUUUCAUUAGAAGUUAUUAGACGGAAAUAUUAGUGACACCAUGUAUGUUGAUUAGUCUUUAAUAGAUGCUUCUUUCAUUUUGAAGGACACUUCCAUAUCAAAAGGGUGCAGCUCACAUGUAUGUAUGUGUAAAUCUUUGCUCAUAAAACUUGUGAGAUGUAAUAAAAGAUUGUACUGCUUAAUAUAUAUGGGUUUCCAUUUUAACAGAAGUAAACCAAGAUAAGAAAUUUCACUUGACUUGAACAUGGGUGGAAGUAUUAAUACUAUAAUACAUGCCUUCUGUGACAAAGUGCAGAGAUCUAAAUCUGAAUCCUACAAACCGCAUGUCGUAGACAGUCAUGAGUCAAAGAAAAUGUCCAAAUCAGAAGAAAGUAUUUAAUUGUUCUUAGUGUUUUUGGUUUUCAUUCAAGAGAGUUGCAGAUAUAACCAUUUGUUCGACAGUUAGAAGCAUUAUCUUAUCAUAUAUACAUAACCCUUUCUUCUAAGAAGCAAAUCCCUAUUCCAGUGAGACCUCUUUCCGAAUAAAUUGAAGUUAAGUUUUCCUAGAACAUCAUGCAAUUGUUCUUAUGAAGCACCUUCAUUGUGUUCCAAGCAGUCACAUUUAUUCAACAGAUAAGCAACCUUCAAUAGCUAGAAUCUAGGUCGAAAAAACCUCACCAAAUCAUGUAGACUAUUGAUGGGACUGACAAAUCUUGAAACGCCACCCAAAUCAACUACAUGUACUGACUAGUGAUCAGUCCAACGUCAAACUAUUUCUAAAUAAACAAGUCCUUAUCAACUGAAGCUGAUGCGUUUCCUUUGAACUUGAUUUGCAAAUUAAUGUCCAUUAUUAAAUACUGUUUUAAGGAAAGUUGUCAUCUUGAGCUUGACAUUGAGUAGAACACUUGGAAUGCACUACAAAUGGCACCACCGCACCA